UGGUGGCAUGUCCACUCGCGAUUUUUCCAUUUUUCAGUCCCUGUAUCCCGGCCGUGCGAUGUUUGUAGCCCUCGUAGUUCUGCUGCUCUCCUCGCCGGUGCCAUCGGCCGGGGACCAGCUGUUCUGCGCCGACGCCAACGACAAGUACAGCCCAAACAGCACCUACCAGGCCAGCCUUAGAUCCCUCGCCGAUGAACUUACCGCGAGAGCCAUGAACUCGCACUCGGCCACGGGCACGGCCGGCGGGGGCUCCGACAAGGUCUACGGCGCCGUGCUCUGCCGAGGGGACUCCACCGGCGCUGACUGCAGCGGGCGCCUCCGGGAGGCCUUCGGCAAGACAAUCAACGCUGACAGCACCGGGGCCGCCGCAUGCGCGCUCCACAAGGACGUGGCGCUCUAAUCCGAGCUCUACCAGCUUCGCUUCUCC